AUGGCCCCCAAGGUCGGCGAGAAGGGCCCCGCGAAGAAGGGCCCGGCCAAGAAGGCCGCGGACGGCAAGGCCAAGAAGAAGAAGGUCUCCAAGGCCGAGACCUACAAGAUCUACAUCUACACUGUUGACGCAGCAGGAGCUGCUGUUGCGUACUCUGCCGGGCCCAGCCGCCUGCUGGCGAGCGCCUGCUUGUGUCCUGCCUCGGAGCUGCUACUGGUUGGCGCACUCCCCGAUGGAAAACUCUGA